AUGUGGCCGGCAGGUGCGGGCACCAGGCUGCCCUGUCCCCGGGACUCCGCGCUCCGGCGGGCGGCUUUCUCUGGGAACCUCACCGCCCUGCCUUCUCACCUCUUGCCCGCCGGCCGAAGCGUCCGGGUCUUCAUCAGCGCCAACCCCGAAGACACGGGAGCAGAAAGACAGGCACUAAGAGAAAAUGUGUAUCCUAAAUUGAGAGAAUUCUGCAGAGAAAACUAUGGAUUAGAAUUUCAGGUCAUAGAUCUCUACUGGGGCAUCGAUGAAGACGAAUGGGACAGCCCAGAGCUCCAGAAGACUCGCAUGAAGCUGCUGGAGGAUUGUUUGAAAACUUCUGCAGGUCCAUGUUUUGUUGGACUAUUAGGUGAAAAGUAUGGGAACAUUCGAAUCCCUGGAGAAGUUGAAGCCUCGGAGUUUGAAAUGAUUUUGGAUGCUGCUGUAGAGGCGAAGCUGGAGACCAAGCUUCUGGAAGAGUGGUACUGUCGUGACGAGAACUCAGUGCCAGCAGCUUAUUACCUCAGACCUAAAUUGGAAAUGCUGAAAAGCAAUAAAAAUGCAAUGCAGCCUUCUGCCAAAGCUGACAAUGAGAAGACCUGGAAAGAGAUAUCAGAUGAGAUCAAGGGGAUAUUUAAGGCUGCUGUAAAACUGUUACAUGAAAAGGGGAAAAUGAAAUAUAGCCAAGCUAAGAGGUACCUGUUCUCAGCGAUAGAGGACGAGUUUGACUUUGCUCUAGGAAAGCAAACUCCAGCAUUCCUAAAGAAGUGUGUUUGCUACAUUCGGAAAAUUGCUAACAUUGAGCGUUUUGUGAAAAUCCCGGAGAUGGGAAAAUACAUGGAUAUCACUGGAACAGAACCAAGGAUUAUGCGGGAUGCAGAAGCCCAAGAGAAGCUGAUAAAACUCAGGGAUGAAUUUAUUCCAACUAUUGUUGCAUCAUCUAAUCUGAGAGUGUACACAUCUGUUACUCAUUGUGACAUGAAACUGGGCUAUUCCCAAGAAAUAGAAAAUCAUUACAUAGAAGGACUUGGUAAACAAUUUUAUGAGGACAUGAUUGAUAUCAUUCAGGCAACCGUACAACAGAAUUUUGACACUGAAACCGACACGCUCUAUGAUGAAAUCCUUCAGCAUUCCUCAUUAUGUAAGACGUACGCCUCCUUCUACGAGUAUAAAUGUGAAUCUCUCAACAUCGUGCAUAAAUACGUUCUGCCAAGCAAAACCGGGCACAUCAACCCUCUCGUCAUAUAUGGUGGACCAUGCACUGGGAAGACCCUCCUGCUAGCUGAAGUAGCAAAGAAGGCCUAUGGCUGGCUUCAUGAAGACACAGGACCAGAAUCUGACCCAGUAGUCGUCAUGAGAUUUCUGGGAACCACAGACAUGAGUACUGACCUUAAGACUCUCCUUCUAAGCGUUUGUGAACAAUUGGCAGUCAACUACCGGUGUCUGGUUCAAAGCUACCCUAAGAAGAUCCAUGACCUCCGAGACUUAUUCAUAAACCUUUUGAACGAGUCUUCAUUGCAGAGACCUCUAGUAAUAAUAUUUGAUGCCCUAGAGCAGCUCUCAGAGAGUGACGAGGCCAGGAAGCUUUGGUGGCUCCCAGCUCACCUUCCCCGCUUCGUACGAAUAGUCCUGUCCACGCUGCCCAACAGACAUGGGAUCCUGCAGAAACUGAGGUGCCUUAUCCAUGAAGAAGCCAACUACAUCGAGCUGAUUCCCCGGGACAGGAAGAUGUGCAGCCAGGUCCUCAAACACCAGCUGUUGCGGGUCAAAAGGAAGGUCACAUCAGGCCAGCAGAUUUAUGUGAACAACGCAUUCUCCAAGUGCACGCUGCCCAUGUUUGUGAACCUGACCUUCAGGGAGGUGAGAUAUUGGAGAUCUCACAAAGACGUCGAUGAAUCCUCCCUCUGUGUCACAGUUCACGAAAGUAUAGAGCAGCUAUUCUGGUCCUUGGAGAAGAAGUGUGGUCAGAAACUGGUCUCCAGGGCUCUCGGUUACAUCACCAUGGCCAAAAUAGGUUUGAGUGAAAUGGAACUGGAGGAUGUGUUGGCCCUAGACAACAGUGUGAUGAAUGAGCUCAAUGAGAACACUAGGCCCAGCAAUCCCCUGAGAGUACCUUAUCUGUACAUCGCGAGGCUCAAGGAGGGUCUCAGUGGAUACUUAAUAGAAAGACAUGUGAAGAACGUCACACUCCUGGUCUGGGCCAAUAGACACCUGCAGCUUAUAGCCCAGAAGUUGUAUCUGCAGGAUGACAGUGACCUGCGUGAAAUGCACACCAUCCUGGCAGAUUACUUUCUGGGAGUCUGGUCAGGGGGCAGGAGGAAAGCUUUCUGCCUUGAAGACCCCUACUUGAAUGGCUGCCUUGACUUGGAGAGCAGAAGCUUGCUUGAGGAAGAGAAGCACUUCAUGGAACAGGCUUCCUUUGACAGGCAGGCUCCAGACCAGCCCUGGGUUUUCCAGUGUAAUCCACUGGAGCCUGACAUCUUCUUUGUCAAUCAUCGGAAAAUGUCUGAGCUCUUGCACCACCUGACAAGGUGUGGAAAAACCGAUGACCUGCUUUACGGGAUCAUCAUGAACUUCAGCUGGCUUUAUACCAUGAUCAAAAUCGGCCAGUUCGACAAAGUGCUCUCAGACAUUGAGCUGGCUUACAACUACUCUCAAGAGAAGGAACUGAAGUUCCUGGCUAGCACUCUCCGCGGCAUCAAACCCAAGGUCACUGCGUUUCCGGGCUCCCUUUCAGCAGAGCUUCAGCAAAGGCUGCUGCCUGUUGUAAGUUCCCUGCCCAAACUCAGGCACCUCCUUUUAGAAUGUGACAAAGAUGGGCCCAAAUAUUGCUCCAUUGUGCCAUUACAUUCAUCCAUGGACGUAACAUACAGCCCGGAGCGUCUCCCCUUGUCCUCUAGUCACCUGCAUGUCACCGAGAUUCUGCCUACAUGUAACCCCAGUACUGUCCUCACAGCUCUAGAAAAUGGUUCCAUCAGCACGUGGGACGUGGAAACCCGUCAACUCCUCCGGCAAAUCACCACAGCCCAGUCUGUCAUCCUGGGCAUGAAACUCACCAGUGACGAAAAGUAUCUUGUGGUGGCUACGACAAAUAACACCUUGCUGAUUUAUGACAAUGUAAAUUCUUGUCUUCUGUCUGAAGUGGAAAUCAAAGGCACCAAGCACGGAAGCGGCUCCACCUACAUCAAUGGAUUUACACUGUCCAUCAACCAUGCCCUCGCAUGGCUUGAAGCCAGCAAAGAUGUCACUGUCAUCGAUCUGCUCUAUGGGUGGCCCCUUUACCAGUUCCACUGCUGGUACGAAGUGACCUGUGUCCAGUGCUCUCUGGAUGGCAUGUACGCUUUCUGCGGACAGUACCUGAACACCACCACCAUAUUUCAUUUAGGGAGUGGAGAAAAGUUAUGUACGGUGACAUCUGAAUUUUCAGGUGGGUUUGUGAAGUUUCUUCUUAUCUUGGACACGGCUCAAGAAAUGGUAAUGGUGGACAGUGAGGGAAGCCUUUCGGUUUGGAAUACUGAGGACAUUUCCAAUCCCCAGCUGACUGACGACUUUGACUGCCGAAGAGAAGACAGCGAGGUGGUCAGCAUUGAACUUUCGGAGGACCAAAAUGCAAUUCUGAUCUGUAAAGCCCUCAGCAUUGAGCUCUUAGAUACGGGCAUGUGGAAAGUGGCUGAGAAGUUCAGAGCUAAGCACAACGAACGCUUUAUUUCUGCUGUGCUGUCCAAAAACGGAGACUGCAUCAUCGCGACCAUGGAAAAUACCUCAGCUGUGUUUUUUUGGAGGCGGGACACAGGCCAAUGCAUGGCGAGCUUACAGGAAAUCUCAGGUACCAUAGUCAAGCUGGUGAAAUCCAGUCACCACAAUAUGCUGCUCUCUUUAUCAACCAGUGGUGUUCUUUCCAUCUGGGAUAUAGAUAUAAUCACCGCUAUGUCCAACAUAGAUAAGACUGGGAAACCCAUCCAAAGCCUGGUGUUACCUGCCAGAGGGGAAAUCAUUUAUUCCCUCGAUGGCUCGGACUGUGUCCACAAGUGGAACUUCAGCAGUGGGUUCCUUGAGGCAGUAUUCAAGCAUGAGGGCAUAGUCGAGCACUGCGUGCUGACGUCCUCUGGAGAUGUCAUGGUGACAUCAGAUGACAAAAGCAGCCAGUAUGUCUGGCACACCACCAGCGGUGAGAACCUCUUCCGAAUUAACGGGCAGAGAAUAUCUCAGCUGCUAAUUACGCACAAUGACCAGUUUGUGGUCUCUCUCUGUGAGGAAAAUGCCUCCAGGGUUUGGAGACUGGCCACAGGCCACAGGGUCUGCAACAUUUUGACCACUCUGCAGAAUGCCUUUAUAACCUCCGCAAAUACCUUCGUGGUGGGAAUAACGAAAAGCAAAGUGCUGGCGGUCAGUCUCUGGACAGGAAGCAUCACCAAGAAAUUUUGCUGUGAAGAUGGCACCACCAUUGUGAAUUUUAAGUUGAUCCCCGACUGCCCUGACAUCAUUGUGUUCAUCACAUCAGCCGAGACAGUGAAUAUCUGGAGUCUGACGGAUGAAGUCAUCUGUCGCCGUGUGCAACUUCCAAACAACUUCUUGAAAAAUCUGGAGGAUUUCGAGAUUUCUCCCAAUGGCAAGCUAGGCAUUAUAUCCAGGGGAGACGAAAAUAUCAAUGUGCUGGAUUUACACAGCGGCAAAUUACGGGUGGUUCACGCCUCUGGGGUCAUCUGGAGGCAAAGGCUCUCUCGAGAUGGUCGCUACCUGGUAUACAUUUGUUUCCGAAACGGGGAGGAGGAGGAUGAAAACGGUGCAGUAUCCAGUUUGAUUGUAAUGAGACUGGCUGACGGCAAAAACAUCGGUGCCUGUUCCCUUUACAAAACACCAACUUUUCUCGCCCUCUCCCAGAGGCACCUGAACAUCAUAGUGGGUUUUGACGACGGGAGUAUAGGGAUAUACACAGUGGUAGACCGUGUAGACGCAGCCCUGAAAAUUAAGAUUGCCACUUCAAAUAGCAGACAGAUUUUCAACAAUGCAACACAGGCAUCCAGGCCAAAGUGUAGUAGUUACUGUUUUAAAGUGUCUGUGGAUUGCCUAUGGAGAGAGUCUACCGAGGUCUUUGCAAGAGACAGUCCCAUCACCGUGAGCGAUUCCACUGAGCCCAGCGAGGCGACACCGUCCAAGAAACACAACCCUUGCUAUGACCGGAUGUGCUCCGCCCUGGAAUCCAGGGGCCACAGCUAUGCCCCCGACAACUGA